AUAGCUAAGCGACAGGAAAAGUCAGUCCUAAAAGAAAACAUCGACUGACACGCCUGGUCGUCCUAGUGUAAACAUGGAAAUCGAACACUAAAUAAUGCUCAGUGCUGCCCGAACGAUGUCCUUAAAUUAUUGUUGGUGUUAAGUCAAUAUGAGGUGUGACGGGCGAUAUGGAAUACGAUGAGAGGCUUGCCCGCUUUCGUCAGGGUCAUGUCAACCCAUUUGACAGGGGAGAAAAUGAUGGGACCACAGACAGAAAAGAUACACCAAAGCUUGAGGUAAGGCCGGAGCUAUUCUCUGGUGAGCCAAAAAGCCAGAGCUCUGACCGAGCCAUGGACCUGGGGCUGGCUGAGGACCAUUUCUCUCGACCCGUGGGUUCUUUUGUGGCAUCAGACAUAGAGCAGCUGAAGCAGGCGAUAGAGGAGUGUAAGAGACUGAUCCUAGAGCUACCAGAGCACUCUGAGAGACAGAAGGACACUGUGGUCAAACUAAUCCACCUGCGACUCAAACUACAGGAGCUGAAGGACCCAGAAGAGGAUGAGCCCAACCUGCGCAUCCUUCUGGAGCAUCGCUUCUCCAAGGAGAAGAGCAAGAGUGUUAAACAGACCUGUGACAAGUGCAGCACCAUCAUCUGGGGUCUUAUUCAGACCUGGUACACCUGCACAGGGUGCUACUACCGUUGCCAUAGUAAGUGCAUGAACCUCAUCACUAAGCCUUGUGUGAGGUCCAAGGUGAGUCACCAGUCGGAGUAUGAGCUGAGCAUCUGCCCUGAGGUCGGUCUGGACAAACAGGACUAUAGAUGUACCGAGUGCAGAUCGCCGGUCUCACUCAGGGGCGUCCCUAGUGAGGCGAGGCAGUGUGACUACACUGGGCAGUACUACUGCAGCAGCUGCCACUGGAAUGACACUGCCAUAAUUCCUGCUCGUGUCAUCCACAAUUGGGAGUUUGAGCCCAAGAAGGUGUGUCGCUCGUCCAUGCGAUACCUGGCUCUGAUGAUCUCCCGGCCUGUGCUCAAGCUAAAGGAGAUAAACCCACUGCUCUUUAACUUUGUGGAGGAACUGGUGGAAAUCAGGAAGCUGCGUCAAGACAUUUUGCUGAUGAAGCCCUAUUUCAUCACCUGUAAGGAAGCCAUGGAAGCCAGACUGCUGUUACAGCUACAGGAUCGGCAGCACUUUGUGGAGAACGAUGACAUGUACAGUCUCCAGGACCUGAUUGACAUCUCCAGUGGUCGCCUCAGCUGCUCUCUCACUGAGAUUCACACCACCUUUGCCAAGCACAUUAAACUGGACUGUGAGAGAUGCCAGGCCAAAGGCUUUGUGUGUGAGCUCUGUAAGGAGGGGGACAUUCUCUUCCCGUUUGACAGCCACACCUCUGUAUGUCAGGACUGCUCUGCCGUUUUCCACAGGGACUGCUACUAUGACAACUCUACAACUUGUCCGCGGUGUGCAAGGAUGACUGAGCGUAAGCAGGAGGAGGUGGAGUUGUAGAACAGCAGGCUAUUAGCAGUUCAGCUCGUCACUGUGACAGCACUAGACCCAGGGCUAAAGCUGACAUUGUGAGCCGGCUUUCACCACAUGACUAGGGCAUGACUGGCUUUUCUGUAUACCCUACUUUCCUGUGUAUUUUGUCUUAUUCUCGUCAGUUUUGUGCCAUGUUUGCAUCUUCAUUUUCCUACACUACAGUACAGUUGUCAUCUUAAGGGGUAAAAGGCACUGAAUGAGGUUUUGUUGUGGAUGUUGACUUUCAGUAGUUUAACAUACAGUUCUCUAGGCCUCAAUUGCACAUAUGCGACAUAUACAACAACUACUGCAUUUCUAAGACUGAAUGUUAUAAACUUUUGAAAAAGUUCAAAGGUUAAAAGCUAAUUGGCCAUAAAACUGCCACACAGCAUAGCCUUACUUAUAAGUCUGCUUCAUAGUUAAAGGCAGUUUAUAGUGUAUUUCACAGACACACCAUUUUUUACCCCUGCAUUGUAGUUAUUGGGCUACUGUGUGUCUGUGGGGACAUUUGAAUCCUGUUAAAUGAUGCAAAUAUGAGAUCAAAGCUAAAGAGUUUUUCUUCAAAGGCUUACCCUUUCAUAUUCUCUCAUUGUCAGACCAAAAUUAUUUAACAUAAUCUCAGAUGACUGAAAAAUAAUGCUGGGUUUUAUUUAAAGAUAUGUUGCCAUAUUUGGCAAAGUCAUUUGGAGACUAAAUAUUAUGCAAGUUAAUCUGAAAAUAAAGCACUAAGGUUAUCAUUAUCAGAUAAGGGUAUCCUAUAUCAGAUGAUAAAGGAAGAUGUUCAAAAGUAGUAAUGGGGCCUAUAGACAAAAAUUAUGUCUGUACGUCUUGACAUUUUCCAUAUUACGCUUUUAUUUUGAGGCUAGGACCCCUCAGAAUGGACAUUGUUUAUGCACUCUAAUUAUUUGUUCUAAAAUAAUAUAUAAUUAUGCUGUGUUAUGUUUCAGCAUGUUUUUAUUGUCAUGGCUGUAAUAACUAUACAAGAGACCAUGCAGUGUCAAGUGUUGUGAAGUUACAUUACAUCUGUAAAGUGUAAUGUUGAUUAUAUCGAUGAGGACCAGCAGAUGUAAGUAAAUUAUAAUUAUUGGCUGUUUGUCCUAAUAGAUACACUGUUACAUCUACAAAUAAAGCUGAAAAAAAUCCUCUCAAAAUAAAUACUGCUAACUUCAAAA